AUAUACCAAAACAUAUAGCCCACAUUGCGACGCCAGCUGUUUAUUUGUUGCGUGCUUCAUAAUCAGAUAACAAUUUUCAUUUUUUAUGCGGUUACUAGGACGCGUUUAAACCAAAAAUGAGCCAGACCAAGAAGAACAGGAACCGCAAGAAGACAAUAAAGGCGAAGCAAAAGUGGCACAAGAGAGGAUUGGCCUCCUCAAAAGCAUCAAAGAUCCUGUUAAAGUUGUCGGCCGACGAUCCCCAAAAAGACUCAGAUGCUGGCCCUGCAAAUAUGAUCGAAACACCAGAAACAGUCUCCAGUUCAAGCCGCAAAAUGUCUAAAAAGCCCAAUAGCUCAAGGAAACAUGGAAACCCCAAGCUCCAGAAUAAAAUACUCAAGCGCCAAGCCAACAAAAAAAAUGGACUGAAUAGAGAAUUGAUAAACAAAUGCCUAAGUUCGAUUAAGAAGAAGUACAAAGUCCAGAGAAACCCUCAGAUUAAGCGCAGGUUGGAGUUUUGCGAGAAAAAAUCACCCGCAAAGAGAAAUGCGCUGCCCAAACCGAAGUUCUACAGACCGCAGAAGGCUACUGAAGUUCCUAUCAAAAAUCAGAAUGACACCAUUGAAUGUGGAGAAAUCGUCGAAGAGUUGGUGACGAUCAGUGAUGAUGAAGACUGCGUGUUGUUGGAGACUCCGCAGGAGUCCAUAAACAUCGAAGACGAUGAAGAUGAAGUCGAUGAGGACAAUGUGCCCAGCACAAGUAGUAAACUGUCCAUUGUGCAGAUUGUUGAAGACUGCAAUGGCGAGGUUGGUUUGCGGUUAAAGCAAAAAACGGAAAACAAGGUGUUGUAUUCUACAAUCGCAAAGACGGAUUCGUCGGAGCCCAUUAUCAAUUUGGAUGAAAUUCCCCAAGCAGUACCCAGUCCAAAUGCCGAUAAUAAUGACUCAGUAAUAUUUAUUAGCGGAGAAGAUUUCAUUCCAAUUCCAUCAUUUUCACCGACGGCGGCGAAGGAAAAGAAACGUCCGCCAAAAACAAAUAGUGCGCGAAUGAGAGACAGCCUUUUCACAACUGCCGAAAAGAAGAAGCUCGGAGACUAUAACACCAACACAUUUAACCCAUCGGACGAGGCUGAAGAGACCAGUAAAAAGCCAAAAUCUAAUAAGAGAUCGGUCAUCAUAGAUGGGAGCAAUGUGGCGUUUGCCCAUGGCCACUCGAACGUGUUUUCCUCUGAGGGAAUAAAGUAUUGCUUGCGGUAUUUCGAAAAGAUGGGGCACGACGCAAAGGUUGUAGUGCCAAUGUUUCGGAAAAAUACCUAUAAAUCCUCGAACCCCGAGAUUCUUGAUAAGCUCCACAAAGAAGGGAAGAUAGUCUUUACGCCUUGCAAAAACCUCCCCGGGCAAAUGUCGUCCAGUUACGAUGACCGCUUCAUUUUGCAGCUGGCAUACGAAAAGAAUGCUGCCGUUGUUUCCAACGAUAAUUACAGGGACUUGAUUGAUGAAAAUCCUGCUUUCAAAAAGAUCGUCGAGAAUCGUGUUCUGGGUUAUACCUGGUGUGACGACAUAUUCAUUCUUCCUAAAGAUCCUUACGGCCGCUGGGGGCCCACACUUGAUGAAAUUUUAAAAUGCUAAUGCAUUUUUCUUUACUUUUCUCUUUUUUAUAAGUUUAAAAAUUUGUUUAGUUUGUGUUAAGCGUUUAGUUACUUUGUAUAUUUGCCAUUUCUUUUUUUUUCUGAUAUUAUUUUUCGGAGAUUAAAAUAUAUACCUCAUAAUUAUUGCACGAAUGUUAA